CGUCUCUCUUCUCUCCUUCACCAUUCAAGCCAUUGAAGCCAUUGAACAUACUCGCGAGCUUGACCGACUUUGAGGGGAAGCUGCACACAACGACGUGUCGCGAAGACGCAUCCACAUAGAGCAUGGCUGACGUCCGAUCUCUCCUCCGUCAGCAGCGCACUGCCAGACGCAUCGAGCACCCUCAUGCUGCCUAUUCGGACGCGGGCAAGCUUCUCUGUAUCCUUUGCCACGAGGCAAUCAAGUCCGAAUCGCUUUGGGACAGCCAUACUCGCAGCGCAACACAUACUACGAAGCUCAAGGCUGCCCAACAACAAGCCUCUGCCAGUGCAAACGGUUUGGCAGUCACAGCCAACGGCGCGCCUUCGAACAAGCGGAAGCACGACGAGGAUGAUGAUAUGGAUGACGAGGAUGCGGCAGAAUAUGUGCGGAAGAAGCGAAGCAGGGCCAACAUGAGCACUCCCGCGCGUUUGUCCGCCGGCGAGUCGGACCGGGAUCUCAAGGACGUCACGCUCACACCGCCAUCGCUGAAUCGUCGGACGUCGACAACGCCAGUCCAGGGCGUCGAGAUCCAGAUUCCUUCGCGGCCCCAUACGCCCGCGCAUAAGGAUGGGGCUUCUUCGAACUCGACACCGACAGUGCAGCCAGUUGGUCCGUCCCCGCUGAUUCCGCAGGAUGCAGCCUCGGCAAACGCGGCUGCGGCGACAUCGGCCGCGCAACCGAAUGGCGUGGCUGCCGGGGCUGGGUCUGCCGGGGGACAGGUGGACGAAGACGAAUGGGCUGCUUUCGAAGCGGAUAUCGCAGCAACGACAGCACCCUACGCGGAAGAUGCUGUGAUUGCGGCCCCGGCCAUGACUGCCGAAGAGACGGCCGCGGCCGCGAAGACGGAAGAGCAAGAACAGGAAAAGAGACGUCUUGCCGCCGAGAAGGAUAUUUUGGAUGAAAAAGAGGAGGCCACCAGAGCAUUGGAAACAGAGUUCGAGGACAUGGAAGAGCUCGAGGCCAGGGUCCGGAAGCUAAAGGAAAAGCGCGAAGCUUUGAGGAGACAGAGUGAUGCGGGCACGGCUGCGCCUCUUGCCAAGUUUCUUGAGAAGCCUGCCGGAGCCACUGGAAAAGAGAAUGUGGAAGCGGUCGGCGAGGAGGAAGAGGAAGACGAAGAUGAGGAUGGGGAUGACGACGACGAUUUCAUGGGCUUCCGCUAUCGUGCAUGACGAUGAGUCUAAUGUUUCCCCUCUCCCUGGAUCCAAAGAUGCUUGUUAAUUGGAACUGCGUUUGGACGUCUCGGUGUUGUAUAACUACUGUAACUUAACCAUUCACUUCUGGUUCAUAAUAUAUGACGUCCCAUGGCGGGCGUACUUCCCAGCCAUUUUACAUGCGAACUUCGAGUACAAUUUAUUCCCAAUGCCCGCGUAUUAUUGAUCACAUCUCUAAGUAUACCUAGUAAACAUUACUUUUCGCCAUUAUCCCCCAUGUUGGGGGCUGAAGUAUGUGUUCCCCUGAGCUCUCCCGUCCAUAUGUCACACUCUUUCAAUUGCACGUAAGU